GGAGUACGCCCAAACCUGUAUAAAUUGAAGGGUAGCCUUCUCAGUUUUUUCAAUCUCGCCUUGUCGCUCUUUGCUGCUGCUGCUUUCUCUCUACCGCGUUAGGGCUCGAUCAACUGCUGUCAGGCAACAUGUUGGUGUACCAGGAUCUGCUCACCGGUGACGAACUAUUGUCCGACUCAUUUCCUUACAAGGAAAUUGAAAAUGGGAUGCUUUGGGAGGUUGACGGGAAGUGGGUAGUCAAAGGAGCUGUUGAUGUAGAUAUUGGUGCAAAUCCUUCUGCAGAGGGUGAAGGAGAUGAAGGCGUUGACGAUACUGCAGUCAAAGUUGUUGAUAUAGUGGACACCUUCAGACUUCAGGAACAACCUUCUUUUGAUAAAAAACAAUUCGUGACCUUUAUCAAGCGCUAUAUUAAGCUGCUAACACCUAAAUUGGACGAGGAAAAGCAAGCAUUGUUCAAGAAACAUAUUGAAGGAGCAACCAAGUUUUUGCUUUCAAAGCUCAAAGAUCUGCAAUUUUUUGUGGGUGAGAGCAUGCACGACGACGGAAGCCUGGUCUUUGCAUACUACAAGGAUGGUGCAACUGAUCCAACAUUUUUAUAUUUCUCCUACGGAUUGAAGGAGAUUAAGUGCUAGAGAAUGCCUCAUGCACCAAAGAUGUUUUUAAUCUUGAUCGAGAUAUCAUUCCUUCUGUCUUGAAAACACAAGUUUUUAUAUAUUGUUUCUUUUUGACUGAUUCAAAUGUGGUUCUGAAAUGGUGUUCAUACAUUGAUAUAUGUAUAUAUAUAUAUACUUUUUUUUA